AUGGACUGGUGCGUGAUCUUUAACUAUUUCCGUGUUUUCUUUGACGCUUUCGCCAGGUUGUUCGUCGAGCACUACUACCGGACGUUCCACAGAAAUCCGCAGGCGCUCGGAGGGCUCUGCCUGGACUACUCCAUGCUCACCAUUGAGGGCGAGAAUAUCCAGGGUGCGGCUGCAAUUGUCGCUAAAAUCGCUUCUCACCCCUUCCAGCAGUGCGCCCAUGCCAUCUCCACCGUCGAUUGCCAACCCUCAGGACAUCCUGGUGGUGUUCUUGUCUUCGUUAGCGGAUCCCUCCAGCUCGGCGGUGAGCAACAUCCUCGCAAGUUCAGCCAGAUGUUUCAUCUGAUUCUGACACCUCAGGGGAGCUUUUAUGUGCUCAAUGACAUAUUCCGUCUCAACUAUGCCCAAAAUGAUGCUAGUAUCAACGUUGGUUUGUCGGGCUUUUCUAUCUGA